AUGAGCUCCUUCCUAUCCAGGCUACGAGGUGGCUCCGAUUCCGCGUUGGAUCCCGCGGUGCAACAUGAGCRAGACAAAUACCGACUCUUGGUGACAGCGGGACCUCAGUACGACCAGAGCACCCACAAAAUCGUCAGAGUCAACACCGAGAUUCCCACCAUGAUAGAGAACGAAUUCAUGGUGGCCAAGAUAGUGGUUCGUGUCAAGGGAUUCCGUGGCCUUCCUUCCUCAAGUCCAUCGACAUCGACAGAAUACUUCACAGACCCAAUGCAUUCUCGGGACCAGUAUUCACUCGGCUUUAGCUUUGUUCCAAAGCAAGAUAUCCCAAGUGUAGACACCGUUUGGGGCAAUGAUUUUGACCAUCCCGUCAGAGAUCGCAUACCACCUGGCUUUAACACUGCGUUCCGCAUCGUCAAAGAAUUCAUCGAUCCAGGACUUUCAUGCGAUGCGUACGCAGACGAGCCGUGGUUAUACGGACCUAGUUUGAGUUGUUGGUUCGCUCUACGUAUAGGUGAGACGGUAAAGGAAGGCGAUGACUUCCCAAGUCCAGGCGUGAUGCACGAAGGUGCCGACGGAACAGGCCAGGAGCUCAGAGACAGACUCGGACUUCCCAGUAACAACGAGAAGCGGAGAAAACACUUCCUCGACGCGGAGAAUCGCCAGUCUUUUGUUUUUGAAAAAGGCAGAGUGUACAGCGGGGACUUCUACAACGGUUUCUUGGACUUUGGAAACUUCAUGCUGAAGCUGCCAGGCUUCAGUCUCAAGGUGAUAAAGUACGUUGGUGACAAGACGCAUUGUUUGAGAUACGUUUUCAAAAAUCGAACAACUGGAGAUAUGUUUUUCAACGUAAACUUCACGCUUUUGUGGGGUGAAGAGCUUCAAAAAGCAUUGGAGAAAGAUGGCAAGGAGCCGGACCCAGAACCGGCCAUCUCAGCUUCCACGGAUGUUCGGCACACAGCAGACCACCAGUCGACUGGACUUGAUGAGCAUCAAGAAAUACUACACACACAGCAGCAGACAGAUAAAGCAGAAGGAACAUCGGCAGAUGUUGCAGCUCCACCAGCAGCGCCGAUCAUGCGGCUCCAUCCCGGAGACCAUCAAGCAACUGCACAGAGCUUCCCCAGUGGCUCUGGACCCCAGGCUGCAUCGGCGGGAUCACCAAGAAUGCAAUUACAUCCUGGAGAUCAUGAGGCGGCCGCAGAAAACAUGUCAACAAGAGCGAGCCAUCCAGUUGAUGAGAUAGCCAUGCUACUCCAGCAGACGUCCACAGGCCAGCAGAUGGGCGGUCGUUWCUUGGAGACCAAUCAUUGA